UCUAUAUCCAAUGGCCAGCUUGCUCAAAGAGUCUAGCAAAACUGUUGCUGGGAAGAGGAAGCGGGAGGAACUGGGGGAGAACGAGGGUGAGAGGAAUGGAGUUGGGGAGAACGAGCCUAAGAAGAAAAGGAACAAACAGCGGGUGUUGCUCCUCUCCUCGAGAGGAGUAACGCAUCGAAUGCGGCAUUUGCUCAAUGAUUUGGAGGCGCUGUUGCCACAGGCAAAAAAAGAUGCUAAGCUCGAUUCCAAGCACCAGCUUCACCUUCUUCCCGAGCUCGCUGAUCUCCACAACUGUAACAACACUCUUUACUUCGAAGCUCGACGACACGAAGACCUCUAUCUCUGGGCCUCUAAGACACCUAAUGGACCAAGUAUAAAAAUGCACGUGCAAAAUGUGCACACGAUGGACGAGCUCAAGUUGACGGGCAACUGCUUGAAGGGAAGCAGAGGUCUGGUGUGCUUUGACGAGGGGUUCGAUAGCAGUGAAAACUGGAGACUUAUAAAGGAGGUUUUCACGCAAAUAUUUGGUGUCCCACCCAGUGCACGUCGUACCAAGCCGUUCAUUGACCACAUCCUCACUUUCUCGCUGGUCGAUGACAAGAUCUGGUUUCGUAAUUUCCAGAUCCUCGAGAAGGACCCGGAGAAUCCAUCAGCUCCACCGAAAACAUCGCUUGUCGAAAUUGGGCCGCGUUUCGUGCUCACCCCGAUCCGAAUCUUCGAGGGCGCAUUCGCUGGCGCGACCGUAUUCUCCAACCCGGAGUUCGUAUCACCAGCAGCGGUCCGCGCGGCUGUGAGGAGGAAACAGGGAGAGUCGUACAGGCUGAGGAAGGAGGCACAGAUGGACAAAGGCGUCAGAAAGGAGAAGCAGAAGAUGCCGGAGGACGAGCUGGCAGUUAGGAAGGUGUUUGCGUGAUAUGCAGUCGUUCAUUCCC